CAGCGCGGACACAGGCAGUAGAUGAGCACAGUGCACUAAAAUGCUCGGGAUGCUCGGGAAAAAGACGAAAGCGUCGCCAAAUGUUGAUUCUUUAAGACAAAAUACAUCUAAGGAAUAUUUUCCUCACAUUCCUGCCUCUCGGGCGAGCACGCAUGCGUAUAAGAAGCUCAGUGUUAGCCUUAUUUGGAUAUGGUAAUGAGUGGCUUGAGACAGCCAAUACAAAACGGGAUUUUGUCCACGUGAGAGUGAAAGACCGCUGCGGAGGCGGGGCCAAACUCGAUGCUGAGUUGAAAACCAGUGGACAAGCCACAGCGCAUUCAGUGUAGGGAGAAGCAGGGACAUUCAAUGAGGGGGGAACUUUGUUAGUAUGAACUUUAGAAAUAUUUGCAGAAUAUUGUAAAAAUAACCAAAAUCCCUCGUAAACCAAUAACCUGCCCAUAGGGUUUGGGAUUUUUAGUUUAGUUUGCCCGGAAAGGGCUUCUACACUCACUAUUCUUACACUUUUUUGAAAGAAUGUGUGAGACAGACAGUUAGCCAGCUAGCUAGCUAGCUGAGAGCCGAUAGUGGCGGCAGGAGAACAAAAGAUUUUUUUCUGCGUUUUGGCCGUUUGUACUGACACUAAGUCCAUGCAGAACGUGUCAUUACCAUCACAAUGCCCGUUUUACUUUUUCUGAUAGACACGUCCGCUUCAAUGAACCAGCGCACCCAUCUGGGCACUACCUAUCUGGACAUAGCAAAAGGCGCUGUUGAGACUUUUAUGAAGCUCAGAGGGAGAGAUCCGGCGAGCCGAGGGGACCGGUAUAUGUUGGUAAAUUUUGACGACGUUCCUUUCGGGAUCAAGGCUGGGUGGAAGGAGACUCAUGCCACGUUCAUGACAGAGCUACGAAACCUCCAGGCCACCGGACUCACAACAAUCGGCCAUUCCUUGAGGACUGCUUUUGAUUUACUCAAUCUCAAUAGAUUAGUGACUGGGAUAGACAACUAUGGACAGGGAAGGAACCCAUUCUUUCUGGAACCUGCCAUUAUAAUUGCUGUCACUGAUGGAAACAAGUUGACAAGCAGCAGUGGAGUCCAAGAUGAGCUCCAUCUGCCUCUGACCACCCCUUUGCCGGGCAGUGAACUGACGAAGGAACCCUUCCGCUGGGACCAGCGUCUGUUUGCUUUGGUGCUGAGGAUCGCUGGUAAUGCCUCAGUGGAGCCUGAACCCCUCGGUGGUGUCCCGUCUGACGAUUCUCCCAUCACUCCAAUGUGUGAGGUCACUGGAGGACGUUCUUACAGUGUUUUCUCUCAGAGGAUGUUGAAUCAAUGUCUGGAGUCUCUGGUGCAGAAAAUCCAGAGUGGUGUGGUGAUUAACUUUGAGAAGACUGGGCCUGAUCCUCCUCCCCUGGAAGAUACGCCAGCUGAGGCGUUGAAGUCCGGACCACAGCCUUGGCAUUGUUGUCACAAACUCAUCUAUGUUCGACCCAAUCCUAAAACAGGCGUGCCUAUUGGUCACUGGCCAAUUCCUGAGGCCUUUUGGCCUGACCAAAACUCUCCUACGCUGGUGUUUGUAUGUAACAGUGCCAAAUACAGUGACCUGGGCCAACCCUUUGGCUACCUGAAAGCCAGCACUGCUCUCAACUGUGUCAACUUGUUUGUGAUGCCCUACAAUUACCCUGUGCUCCUGCCACUUUUAGACGACUUAAUCAAAGUGCACAAGUUCAAGCCGACCAUCAAAUGGCGACAGUCUUUCGAGAACUACUUGAAGACCAUGCCUCCAUACUAUAUUGGGUCUUUAAGGAAAGCCCUAAGAAUCAUGGGAGCACCGAACCUGCUGGCAGACAACAUUGAGUACGGUCUGAGCUAUAGUGUGGUCUCCUAUCUGAAGAAGCUCAGUCAGCAGACAAAAAUAGAGUAUGAUCGACUGAUCGCCUCGAUUGGUAAAAAACCACCUGCAGAACUGGGCAUCAAGGUGCGCUGGCGGGGAGGGGGUAUUUCUCUAGCCCAGCGCAGGAAUUUCAUCCAGCAAUUGCAGAGUUUGACAGGAGAGACUCCGUCUCUGCCCAUGGAGCUCAACUCUAAAGAAUUCCAAGGUUUUCAUUUGGCUCUGCUCAACAAGAGCCUGAAACCUCAGAGCUUUAGGAAUCCCUACGACAUCCCACGCAGCCACCUGCUGGACCAGCUGAGCCGAAUGAGGAGGAAUCUUCUCAACACCAGCGUCUGUACACUCAGAGGGCAAGACUCAGACCAGCUUCAUAGUGUGCCAAUCGCCCAGAUGGGCAACUACCAGGACUUCCUCAAAGCUGCUCCUCAGCCUCUUCGAGACGCAGACCCUGAACAACCUAAACGUCUCCACACGUUCGGCAACCCCUUCAAGCUGGACAAGAAGGGAAUGAUGAUUGAUGAGGCAGACGAGUUUGUCACGGGGCCUCAGAACAAGGGCAAGAGACCAGGAGAAAACAACAACAUGCAGGGUGGAGGCCCCAAGAGACGUCGCUGUAUGUCCCCGCUGCUGCGUCUAGGCAGGGCUUAUACACCUCCAGUGACGCCACCUGCCAGCCCUCGAUCUGCAGGAGACAUGGAGAUGACUGAUGGAGCUCCAGAACCCGACUUGAUUAUCAACCACCUGAACCAGAACCACUACAACUCAGACAGUGGCUCAGACUCAGAGGUGGAUCUUCCCUCAGGACCACCCAACCACCGCGAGUACCACACAGCUAUGGGCCCCCAGGACCUGAGGCACAGGGACGAUGAGGAGAACGGUCAACUCCAUGAUGGCGAACAUCUGCUGGGAAGCGAGGAAGGAAUGGAAGUACAGCUUCUGGAUGAACAGCCCCCACGAUACAUGUCACCAACAGCUCUGAAGAAGCACAUUCACACUGAGACGACAAAGGUGAACAACGAGCUGAGGGUCCUCAUUACCAAGGAGAUCAGGAAACCUGGCAGACACUACGAGAAGAUCUUCCUCCUCCUGAAGCAGAUACAGGGAACGUUGGACACUCGGCUCAUCUUUCUCCAGAACAUCAUCAAAGAGGCAGCCAGGUUCAAAAAGCGCGUCCUCAUCGAGCAGCUGGAAAACUUCCUGGAAGAGAUUCACAACAGAUCUAACAACCUGAACCACAUGGACCCACUCUGAGACUGAGUCAGUUCUCAGAGUCAGUGAACUGAUAAGAAACGCCACCAUCCACCACACCCUUCUCACCCCCUCCACCCCUCCCUGCUGUGUUCAGCGGCCACCACAGAGGUCAGACAAGGCAGCACCCGGCAUUCAGCACUGUCACCUCCACACUUCUUCAGGAUUGUUUCUGGACAUGGUUUGGACCAGAAGAUUGGAGGAUGUUUCUUAGGUACUAAAAACAAACAUCAGCAAAAUUUCGCCCAUGUUUUUUUUUUUUUUACAAAUUUAAAUCUUAUGACAAGAGGUCACCAUUUUGAACUCCAUGUUACAAUCAUGAGUUCUCCAGUGUCCAGAAACAGGCAGAUUGAAGAUUGGGGGAAAUCUAGUAAAUUAUUAACCAUAGGUGUGAAUGUGUGUGAGAAUGCAUGUUGUCCUGUCCUUGGUUGGUCUUUUCGUGCGACUCGGGGAUUAACGGGAGCCAGUCGUGUUCAGUGAUACACUUUAAUUUCUGUCUUCUUCCCCUUCGUCCAUUUGUGGAUUCACAUUCUUGUUUUUGGUGAAAGAAUGAAAGUUUAACAUUCUGUUUGAAAUGUAUCUUUGUACACUCCACUAAGUGAAGCACUCCAGCACUAUGCUCUUAAAACAGUAAAAAUAGAAAUUACCCAACAGAUAAAUUACUAAGUAUUAAACAGAAAAAAUGAACGCAAGGGAAAAAUCACAGAAUGACUCAGUGAAAUGGUGAAAUAAUAAUAAAAAAUAGCAACAUUAUUGGUUAAAAUGUUGAAAACACAGGGACAAAAAUAGCUCAGGAACUGUUACCAAUGCAUCACAAUCAGCAAUAACAUCACAGCUGCAUUGAUUCCUUCCCUACCAUCAGUUUUAUUCUUAUUUUAAUGAAACGUCUUGUAUGCAACACCACUCUAGUGCUGAUAACUAUAGGUUUGGACGCCAGUUUGCUGGUUGCUGCCAAAAUAACGCCCCCUCCCCUCCACCAUGAAUCUCAAAUCAACAUCUUGCCACUUAACCCUAAAUGCACUUGUGUAAAUUUGAGAAUGCUUAUUUAAUGUAAUUUUAAACAGAAAAAAAACUACCUUUACUUCCUCAGAUACGGUGGUCAGGCAUUUUCUCAAAUAUACACAAAUUAUUUGACUGGAUGCGUUGGAAGUCGGGAGUUGAUUUCUGAUUCAGGGGCACCCAUUCUCUUCCUUUUUCUCCCUCCCCAGACAGGGACCAAAAUCUGCCAUAUUUACUUGUCUGUUUGUUUGUGAAGAGGCCGCUACCAAAAGAGUAUUUUGAAUACACUGUAAAGAUGUAAAUAAGCCUAGAGUACUAUUUAAAGAGAAUGUUGAGCGUCAAAAUGGCCUUUUUGUAAGUAUUUCCAUUAAUAAAGUUUCUAUUUUACACUGUGAAGGGCCAUGUAAAUAAAGUGUUCUGUAAA